AACCACCCCGGGGAGCCUCCUCCUCUGACCGGAAGUCAUCACAAUGGGCUCUGUGACAUCACCAAUGGCCCGGCCCCAGGCACCCAGUCUCCAGGUGCGCAGGCAAACAGACCCACCAUGAGCAACUUCGUCCCCCAUCACGGCUCACCAUGCGGACGCUAACAUGGUUCUUGUUCUUGCCUCUGUGCCUCUGCUGCGGCUACGCCUUUGUGUUUUCUCCUGUGCGAGAGAAAGUCAAAGAACCCCAGGGGAAGGUGCCUUGCGGAGGGCACUUUCGGAUCAGGCAGAAUCUCCCAGAGCACGCCCCCGGCUGGCUUGGGAGCAAAUGGCUCUGGCUCUUUUUCGUAGUUGUGCUGUAUGGGAUACUGAAGUUUCGAGGAGAUAGUGAGAAGAUUAAGGAGCAGAAUCCUUCUGCCCUUCGAGGCUGUUCAUUUCGCUCUCCACUAAGGAAAAAUCAAAAUGCUUCCCCCAACAAAGACUAUGCGUUCAAUACCUUAACCCAACUGGAGAUGGACCUUGUGAAAUUUGUGUCCAAGGUGCGGAAUCUGAAAGUAGCCAUGGCAACCGGCACUGGCCUCAAGGUUCAGAACUUGGAGGUACCUGCAGACCCACACAAUAAUAUCACCAUCUAUGAAAUAUGGGGCGAAGAAGACUCGGAAUGAGUGGACUUGUGUGUCAGAGUAGGAGAGACAAAGUUGAGUGUUGGCAAACCAUAUGCAAACCAAUAAAACUAUUCUGAAGAAAGAAUUCUCCAAGUUGGCACCUUUUUUUUUCUUUUUUUCUUUUUUCUCCUUUUUUAAAAUGGAAGAAAAAAAAAAUAAAUGGGAGGCCAGUAACCACAGCAGUUACUCUUUUGUUUUUGCCUUCUUCACCAGCCCCAGCGCAGUGAGUGGUGAGGAGAGCAGAGAGCAACAUGGUAGCAGAGGCAGCCUGCUCAGCGGUGACGCCCCGGCCCUGGGGGGCGAUUAGGCUUAGAAAAUUUGGGAUAAGAUGUAGAUACCAUAUUCAUAGUAGUUACCUUUCUAGUAGUGGUUUGUGCAAAAGAUGGAACCAAUUUUUAUCUUUAUAAUUUAUUACAAAGGCCAACUUUAAUUAUAGGUUUAAAAGGAAAUGAUCGAAUUAAGAGGGUGUAUAUGCAUGUGCAUGUGUGCUUAGGUCAGGGAAUGCUGGAUUCUAGAAACAUUUGAUUUUCUUCUCACCAGAAAAGUCU